CAGAACCAUUUUGAAGGGAAUAAAAAACCACCGAAAGCAAUAUUUCACCUAUUUUAUGACCCUAAAUAACCUUGCCGUCGUUUUACUUUGCGAAGACAAGUUCGAGGAAGCGAAGACCAUCUUGAACAAUGCAUUAGAGGUUGCCGGCGAACUUUAUGGAGAAAACGCUGCUCAUCCCGAUUUUGCUUGCUGUUUAACCAACCUGAGUGAAGUUUAUUAUUAUCUUCAAAAUAUGGAAGAAGCAGAACGUUUGGUUCGUUUGGCCCUCGUAAUUUUUUCUCAAUUACAUGAUUAUGAAAAAGAGUUGGUCGAGCCUGGCAUUGUCCAUGCGCUGAUUCUCAAAGCAACAAUACACCAGUUUUAUAAACAACGUGAUGAUUUGUUUACCACUUUGAACCAGGCAAAGGAAAUUUCUAAGAAUUUGUACGGCGGCCAGCCACACCCACAUAUUGCCUCCAUUAUUCUCCAUCUUGGCGUUUGUGAGCAAGAGCGUGGAAAUUUCUCGGAAGCGUUACACCAUUACGAAGAGUAUUUGAAAAUUCACGAGAAUCUAAGAUUAGAACGUCAGGAAAGUGGACAGGAUUGCCACAUGGCACAUGUUCUUGUUCAAAUUGCAAAUUUGGGAGCACAUUGUUGCUAUGAUGCUUCGUAUCUUCUGUCAUGUAACGAGAAAGCGGUGAAAAUAGAGGAAAAAAUUCAUGGCAAAGAAGCCAAUCAUAUCCAUCUAGCCGUGUGCAUUCGAUCACUGGGUUUUUGUUUGAUAACAGCAAACCGCGAGUCAGAAGGAGUGGAGUAUGUCUGCAAAUCCUUGAAAAUGUUUGAAGAGAUUAAUUUAGAUGCGAAUGGAGCCUUUGGUUACGCACACCUAUCAAUUGGAGAAAUCUUUGGACAGCAUUCGCUGGGACAAGCAGAAAAGCACUUGAGAUCAGCAGAAAAAGUUUUAAAGAAGGUCUUAAAGGAUGAAAGUGAUGUAUCAUUGCUUCAGAUCAAUUCUUCCUUGCUAGAGAUUUUUGUGAAGACAAGCAGAAUGAAAGAGGGCCUCGGGCUUGCCGAAGAACAGAGACGCUUGAUUGAUAUUAUGUUGUCUAAAUCCAAUUCUCCAAGCGCUCAUCAGCUUUCUCAAGUGCUCCGCCUUGCUUCGUUUUACGAAGACAGUGGAAGACGAAAUACUGCAAGAGAUUUGUUCAUUGACCUGAUUGGACGUAUAGAGGAGCAGGUCGAUACCGCUGAUUCAGACCAGGAUUUUUUUCAGCGCCUGCUGUGGACUGCAGAAUUACGAGCAGGAGGUAUUUACCGAACUAAUGGAAUGUUCGAUCACGCAGAAGCCAUGUUUCAGCGUAUUGUUUUGUCAGUGGAAAAGACAACUUCACAGCGGCAAUUGGGAAAAGACUUUCGACAUGUUGCUCUGUAUCAUCUAUCGUGUAUUUUUACGGAAACCGGAAGGUAUCAACAAGCACAUGAACAUCUUGACAGUCUUAUCAACCUCUACGAGCAAGACCCAAAGUCAAUGGAUCCCGAUACAGCAUCGUUCGUUUUUCUCGUUCGUAGCGAACUUAAUCGUAAAACCUUAUGUUUCAACCUUGCACUUGAAGACCUGGAAAAAGCCUUGAAAACAGCUGAAGUGUUCCGAUUAUCGGAGUCUACGCCCACAUCAGCAGCUGAAAUUCUUUAUGCUAAAGUCAUGAACGCAUUUGGAUUAGUUCAUGAGGAAAACAACAACCCGAGCCUUGCUCUCGAAUAUUAUACUUGCAGCCUAAGGACUGUUGAGGGGUUGCCACCCAAGAUUGAUACAGCUAUUUUCCACCAAAAUAAGGCGGAUGUUCUAAAAACGCUUGGACGACUUGAAGAUGCUACAAUACAUUACACAAAAUCUUUGGAAAUCAGAGAAAUGUUGUAUUCCGAGGAUCCAGUCAGAGAAGAUAUUGCCACGGUGCUCUUUCAUUUGGCCCUCACCCAGUAUAAUAAUCAACAGCCCAACGAGGCUUCCAAAACUCUGGAGAAGCUUUUACCCUUGAGGAGGGAACUUCUUAAGGACGGCAGUUUAAACCCAUUGCAAAAUUAUGCUGCAGCGUUCGUUCUCAAAGGUGGCUGUCACAUCUCGGAACCUGAUGAAGCUCAGCAAGCGAAAGAGGCCUUCGAAGAAGCAGAGAAAGUUCUUAAGCAGCUGACGGAAGGACAGGUAAACCAGGAUUACGCUGGAGUUUUGCACAAUUUGGGUAGUGCUUGCUUUAUGUUAGAUCAGUGGGAAGAAGCAAUACCCAAACUGGAAAAGGCACUUGAGAUGUGGAAAAUUAUUUACGAACGAAAAGCGGUGCCAGAUGUAGCCUUCACCUGCAAAUUACUCGCUACAGCGCUCUUUGAGAAUCACGAGUACCAGAAAGCAUUGACUUACUUUGAAGAAGCGUUGAAAUAUUUUGAAGUUUGCCAGUCCCCAGAUAACGAGACCAACUGUGCUCUCCAUAUUGCUCUUUGUCACAAAAGUUUGAAGAAUUUUGAUCUUGCCUCGAAAGCGUUUGAGAAAGUCAAGGUGUUGUGUGCCAGAGAAUCAGUCAGUGAUGAGAUGCGAGAUGAGGUUCAAGAAACAAUGGCAGAAAAUGGAGAGAAUACGAACAAACCCAAGGACAGUUAAUGCUACCAUUAGUUUUGUGCUGAGCACCGUGACAAAUCGUAUAGAAGUUUAAGCUAUCUUGCAUAUAGAAAGUAUUAGCUGUUAUUGAGCCAAUUAAUAGAUUUAUAUAUGCAUGCUAAAGCAAAGAAAAAAGGAAUGCUUGCGUCAAUGGACGACUUGCGCCUUAGACUACUAUAUCUUAUCUCAGCAGUAAAAAGGAAAUUUUCUGAAAGAGCUCACUAAAAUUAGUUUCAUUGCAAAUUCUGUGCGUAUAUAAAAGUAUACAAAAUAUGCCAACUUCGCAUGGCUAUAUUUUCCGUAUUUUACCAAAUUUCGUAGCCAAACUUUGCGUUUGCACUAAUUCAAGUACGCUCUUUCUAGCUGUGGUGAUUUAUUUUCUUCUUAUUACUUCGAUCAAAAAUUAGUCUAAAGCGCAAGUCGUCCAUUAGACCUCGCUUGAUAUAACAACUUACCCGAUCGACGCAUCGGGUGAUAAAAAUAGUCUACAAUAAUUUUGAAUCCUUCUUUCACCUCAUUUACCAGUAAUUUUGUUUACUCGAAAGAGAUACUCACAAUAAGCUAUAAUAAAAGUUUAGCAAAGAAAUUCUACUUUACAAAAAGAUUGAAUAAGGGAGAGAGGAUCGAUAGUCUAAAAUAAUAGUUAAUGUUGACAAUAGAUGGAUAGAAGACGAUACA